AUGUUGGGGUUCAUUACUUUUAUUGUUUUAGCUACUGCUGGUUUUGGCAACAGUUAUGGUUAUAGCAAACCUGUAACAUUCGAUGGAAGAUCCUUGAUGAUCGACGGCCAACAUUUGCUUCUUUUCUCCGGUUCUAUUCACUAUCCUCGUAGCACUCCUCAGAUGUGGCCAUCACUUAUAUCCAAAGCAAAACUAGGAGGGAUAGAUGUGAUUCAAACUUAUGUCUUUUGGAACCUCCACGAACCCCAACAAGGACAGUACGAUUUUAGUGGAAGCCGUGAUAUAGUAAGGUUCAUAAGAGAAGUUCAAGCUCAUGGCUUAUAUGUUUGCCUUAGAAUUGGACCUUUCAUUGAAAGUGAAUGGACUUACGGGGGACUGCCAUUUUGGUUGCACGAUGUCCCUGGGAUUGUUUUUCGAUCCGAUAAUGGACCAUUCAAGUUUCAUAUGCAAAAAUGGGUGAGAAAAGUGGUAAACAUGAUGAAAUCAGAGAAACUAUAUGCUUCACAAGGAGGGCCAAUCAUAUUAUCACAGAUAGAGAAUGAGUAUCAAAGGAUAGAAUCAGCUUUCAAUGGGAAAGGAUCACGUUAUGUUCAGUGGGCUGCAGGCUUGGCUGUGGGACUUCAAACAGGGGUGCCCUGGAUAAUGUGCAGCCAGCAAGACGCUCCUGACCCUGUGAUAAACACAUGCAAUGGCUUUGAGUGUGGAGUAAAUUUCGAAGGCCCCAACUCUCCCAAUAAGCCAUCCUUGUGGACUGAAAACUGGACAAGUUUCGUGCAAAGGUAUGGUGAGGAGCCGUUCAUAAGGUCUGCCGCAGAUAUUGCUUUCCAUGUUGCAUUGUUCGUUGCCAAAAAUGGAACUUAUGUAAAUUACUAUAUGUAUCAUGGAGGAACCAAUUUUGGAAGAACAGCUGCUGCAAAUGUAAUUACAAGUUACUACGAUCAAGCCCCUCUUGAUGAAUAUGGUUUAAUUAGGCAACCUUUAUGGGGUCACCUUAAGGAAUUGCAUGCUGCAAUAAAAUUAUGCAAAGUUCCUCUCCUUGCUGGAUCUUAUGAAACUUCCUCUUUGGGUCAUCUUCAAAUUGCUUAUGUAUUCAAAGGAAAAUCAGGGAAAUGUGCUGCAUUUCUGGUGAACAAUGACAAUACCUCAAAUGCUAGAGUUCGUUUCCAGAAUAUUUCAUUCGAGUUGCCUUCAAUGUCGAUAAGCAUCCUUCCCGACUGCAAGAACGUAGCCUUUAAUACUGCGAAAGUAAGCACACAGUACAAUACAAGGUCAAGGACAGUGAAAUACAAGUUUGAUUCAAUGGAGAGAUGGGAAGAGUUCAAUGAGCCUAUCCCGAUCUUUUCGAAUACUUUGUUGAAAGCUAAUGCAUUGUUAGAUCAUAUGAGUACCACGAAAGAUACAUCGGAUUACCUUUGGUACACUGUCAGCUUUCAACAUGAAUCCGAUGCUGAAGCCGAACUUUCUGUAGUAUCCAACGCUCAUGUUGUACAUGCAUUCGUCAACGGAGCAUACAAAGGAUACGCACACGGCGGGAAACACAACUCUGCAUUGGAGAAUCCUAUUGAGUUGAAAAAUGGAACAAAUCACAUCACCUUACUUAGUGUAAUGGUUGGAUUUCCGAAUUCGGGAGCAUAUCUUGAACGUAAAACUGCAGGCAUACGAAGUGUUAGGAUUCAAAACAGAUACCUCAAUAACUAUCAAUGGGGAUAUCAGAUUGGGUUAUUAGGAGAAAAUUUAAGCAUAUUUACUGAUAAUGGAAGGAAUAAAGUUGAAUGGAGUAGGUUCCAAGGCAGACAUAGUCGGCUAAUUUGGUAUAAGACUGUGUUUGAUGCACCUGGUGGAAAUGAUCCACUAGCAUUGAACCUUGGCUCAAUGGGAAAGGGUGAAGUGUGGGUGAAUGGCAAAAGCAUUGGACGAUAUUGGGUCUCAAUUCAUACACCACAACAAAGACCUUCACAAACAUGGUACAAUAUACCUCGAUCUUUCUUGAAACCUGAAGAAAACCAGUUAGUUUUAGUGGAAGAAGAAUAUGGGGAUCCUCUGGGGAUCACAUUGGACAGUGUUUCAAUUACAAAAGAUGCUAAAUAUUAGUAGUGCUUUUUUUUAUGUAUUCAUAUGUAUGUAUGUUGAGACUACAAGUGUAUGCAUG